AUGGCGGACAGCCAGCCGUCGCAGACAACGUCGCAACAGCCGCAGUCGUCGCAACCCCAGCUACAGACACAAAAGGUGUCGGACAUUAUUCGUAGCUUCCGUCCUGGCAGGGCGUUCAAUCGGCAAAAAGAAAGCUCCCACUAUGUAACCUCUCUUGAUUUCGACGACCAGGGUGAGCACCUGGUAGCGUCCGGUGAUGAUGAAACGAUCCAGAUCUUCGAUAUCAAGGAAGGCAAGAUGACCAAGUCGGUGCCCAGCAAGAAAUACGGUGCCCACCUGGCCAGAUUUACACACCAUGCCCGCCAGGUUCUUCAUGCUAGCACCAAAGUCGACGACUCCUUACGAUUGCUUGAUCUCCACAAUGAGGGAUACGUACGUUACUUCUCAGGUCACACAGAUAAGGUGACGUCUCUGGCCGUGUCACCUGGCAGCGACUCAUUCAUCUCCUGCUCGAAAGACGACAGCAUUGCGGUCUGGGACCUGGGCUCGAGAAACAUGCAAGGAAGACUGAAGCUUGCGACCCCGUAUCUCGUGGCAUUCGACCCCUCCGCCUCUGUCAUUGCGGUCGCAACCCAGUCUACGUCCUCGAUCCUCCUCUACGACUUCCGCAAUUACGAUAAGGCUCCAUUCUCGACAUUCGACAUUGCUCCAUACGAGGAGAAAUACACCCCAUCCACUCGCGGAAGAGCCUGGACGCGCCUUGAAUUCUCCAACGACGGGAAACAUCUGCUCAUUGGAACCGAUUACCAUGGUCAUUUCAUCCUCGACGCAUUCGAGGGCACCCUCAAAGCUUUUCUCGUCGGCAAAAACGGAUCGCCUGGAAGAGCGGCUCCGGUUUCGACCACAGGCAAGCCUCUGGGACAGGGCGACGUGUGCUUCUCUCCUGACGGUCGCUUUGUAUUUGGCGGCUCAGGCGAUCAUCAUGACGUUCUCGUUUGGGACACGCAGCAGACUCCCGAUGCCAACGGCCUGUUGCAGCCAGCAAACAAACUACCUAGCCGCGGCCGGACCGCUGUGAUUGAGUACAACCCUAGAUACAACUUCUUUGCCUCUGCCGACAAAGAAAUUUGCUUUUGGCUUCCGGAUAGCACGUACCAGCCGUCCGAGAAGUAA